CGGGGGUCCCAGCCAUGCUCAGCCGUCUGGGAGCGCUGCUGCAGCAGGCGGUGGAGACGCGGGAGCCCAGCGUGGAUCUGCUGGAAGCCUUCAUCGAGCACUGGAGGGGCAUCACCGGCUACUACCUGGAGACCACAGACGAGAGCGUCCCGGCGCGGCAGACGGACAUCCCGUGGCGGCUGCGGCAGAUGUUGGACAUCCUGGUGCACGAGCAGCGGCAGCGGCCGCCGGGGGACGCGGGGCCGUGCCUCGAGUUCCUGCUCCAGCACAAAGUGCUGGAAACGCUGGGAACGCUGGGAAAGGCCGAGUAUCCGGCCGGGAUGAGGCAGCAGGUCCUGCUUUUCUUCAGCCGCCUGCUGGGGCAGCUGCAGCAGCCACUGCUGCACUACCUGAGCGUCCUGAGAGCCGUGCAGAAGCUGCUCCAGCUCAGCGGGGACCGCCUGGGCUCCGGCACGGAUAAGGAGGAGGCUCAGUUCGCUGCAGUGCUCUGCUCCAAAAUCCAGCAGGAUCCCGGCCUGCUGCCCCAUAUCCUGCAGGGAAAGAGCAUCCUGAAUGGGAGGAGAGCCCCGGGCAGCCCCAGGGAUGAAGGUCUGGAGCAUCCCCCGGGCAGCGCUGCCAGCUCCCCACCCCGCAGGGACAGCGACCUCGUCACCUGCCUGGUGGGGCUGUGCAGCAGCAAGAAGAGCCGGGUGGCGCUGAAGGCUCGGGAGAAUCUGCUGCUGCUGGCGGGGCUGUCGCAGGAGGCGGCUGCCACCAGCCUGGCGCGGGGCAGUGCCCUGUGCCAGCUGCUCACGGGACACCUCUGUGACCUCUACAGCGCCGUGCCCGCGGGCACCGACCCCGCCGAUGUGCUCGCCAUGGAUAAGGCCAGCUGGAGGUCGCAGGGGGAUGGUGCUGGGGAUGGGAGUUUCCCAGGGAAGGAGAGCCUGGCUGAGUUUCUGAGCUGGCUGGACUUCGUGGAUGAGCUGGUGAUGGGAGCCCACCCGCUCGUGGCCGAUGCCAUCACCGAGGCCGUGGAGGAGAAGUUUUUCCAAGGAAUCCUGCAGCCGCAGCUCCUGCAGAUGUCGGAGCUGGCCGUGCUGGGCGCCACGGCCGUGCUGACGGGGACGGUGCGGCAGCUCCGCGCUCCUGCCCUGCUCCACCGCCUCGUCCUGUUCCUGCUGGGACCCCAGCGACACCCCGAGACCCCCGGGGACACCCCCCACCCCCUGCGGGCACAGCUCAUCGAGCGCUGCGAUCACCUGUGCGACGAGAUCAGCCUGGCCAGCCUGCGGCUCUUCGAGGAGCUCCUGAGGAAGCCCCACGAGCACGUGGCUCACAACCUGGUGCUGCGGAACCUGGAGGCCAGGGCUUACCUGCAGCGUGGCCCCGAGGAGCGAGGGCCCCCCGAGACUGACCCCGAGGAGGACGGGCUGGACCUGGAGGAGGAUCCCUAUUUCACCGACGGAUUCCCAGACAACUUUGGGAGCACGAAAAAUCCUUCCCCGGCAUCCACCCCGUCGGGGAAGGGGCAAGUGAGCGAGGUGGUCAGCAGCUUCCUCUGCCUGGUCCCCGAGGAGGCCAAGACCUCCUCGUGCAUGGAGGAGGGUGGAUAUGACACCUACGUGCACGAUGCCCUGGCAAUGGUCCAGGCGUGCCGUGCCAGCUCAGCCCCAUGGGGGUGGCCCUCGUCCCCCCGGCCCCUGGACUCGUGUCACCCCGGAGUGGCUUUCUACGAGGGACAUUUCCUCAAGGUCCUGUUCGACCGGAUGAGCCGGAUCCUGGAUCAGCCCUACAGCCUGAACCUGCAGGUGACCUCGGUGCUGUCCCACCUGGCUGCCUUCCCCCAUCCCCACCUCCACGAGUACCUGCUGGACCCCUACCUCAGCCUGGCCCCCGGCUGCCGCUCGCUCUUCUCCGUCCUCGUCAGGGUGAUCGGGGACCUGAUGCAGCGACUCCAGCGUGUGCCCCACGCCAGGGCCAAGCUGCUCCUGGUGCGCCAGCAGCUCCUGGGGCUGGUGCCAGGAGAGCAGAUGGAUCACACGGUGCUGUUCAAGGGCGUGGUGGUGCUGGAGGAGUUCUGCAAGGAGCUGGCUGCCAUCGCCCUGGUCAAGGGGCCACCCGAGGGGCCACCCUGAGCCCCUCCCUCAGCUCCCCAUCUUUGGCCAGGCUGUGGUGGCCACUGGA